AUGGCAAGCGUCCAGAUCAAGGCUGCCGAAGGCAAGCCCCUUUUGUCCGACACUGGCUCGGCGCCCGCCGCCCGCAACUGGAAGCGCAUCGGUGUCGCUGCUGCCGCCGUGGCCGUGGCGGGCGCAAGUGCCUACGCGCUCCUGCACUUUUACGAGUACGCGUGCGGCGGGUGGGCCAAGACGGCCGAUAUCCCGGCGACCGCCGGCUCGAUCGACACGUCGUUCACGGUCGUGCAGCACGCCAACGACCGCAUCAUCCAAACCAUCCUUGCUGACAAGCCGCCGACCAUCGGGCCCUUCUACGACGCCUGUCUCAACGCGACAACGACCAACGUCUCGGUUCUGCAGUCGCACCUCGCCGCCCUCGACGCGCUGUCGUCCAAGUCGGACAUCCUAGCGUACGCUGGCCAGCUCUACCGGUCCGCCGGCGUCGCCUCGUUUUUGGAAAUGGACGUCGGAGUGGACCCCAAGAACGCAUCCGUUCAAGUACUCACGCUCGUGCAGGGCGGCUGGACGCUGCCAACGAUCGAGUUUUACGCCUCGCCUACUAACCGCGCGCUCUUCACCCAGUACGUCACCUCGUGGAAGAACCUUCUUCGCUGGAACGCGUCGGCGUCGGACCUCUGGGCGUUCGAGUCGGCGCUGACGGCCAUCGCCGUACCGAACGCGGCGCUUCGGGACCCGACGGCAACGUACAACAAGAUGACGCCAGCGGCGCUGACGUCGGCGGCACCGUUCUUGUCGUCGUAUUUCAAGGGCGCAGCGAUCCCGUUGACGGCGGCCGACCCAGCGCUUCUCGUGAUGACGCCGGCGUUCCUCACAAAGCAAGUGGCCCUUUUGAAUGCGACGUCGAUGGCGACGCUGCGUCAGUACGUCGGUCUCCGCCUCGUGGCCACCAUCGGGCGCCUCGUUGGUGAAGAGCCCCGGCGCAUCGACCAUGCGUUCGCUGGCGUCCUCGGCGGCCUCGGCGACCUCCCUGCGCGCGACGCGUUCUGUCGCGCCGAGACCUUGGCGUCGCUUCCAGCCUUUGUCGGUGCCGCCUUUCAAGCCGCCGCGUUCCCGGACGCUGUCGCGGCCAAGACGCUGAUCGGCGACAUUGAAGCAGCGAUGACGCGCCUUGUCGAGACCGAGCCGUGGCUCGAUGACGUCACGCGAUCGCGGUCGCUCGAGAAGAUCCAGGCCGUGCGCAACUUUGUCGGUGGCCCGCCGACGCCGCCGACGACGCCCGUCAACAUGUCGCCUACCGACUUUCUUGGCAACGCACUGGCGAUCACGCAAGACGAGCUUCGCACGCGCCUCGCGCAGAUCGGUGGGCCGAGCGACCCGACGCGCUGGGACCUCGGGUCCUUCGAGGUCGAGGCGUACUACGACCCGAGCGCCAACAAGAUGGUCUUCCCUGCCGGCAUCCUCCAGCCGCCCAUCUUUUCCGCGACCGCGCAGCCGAUGAUCGCCAACUACGCACGCAUCGGCGUCGUCAUGGGGCACGAGCUCACGCACGGUUUCGACGACAUGGGCCGGCUCUUUGACGCCCACGGGCAGCUCACGUCGUGGUGGACGGACUCGGUGGCCGCGACCUUCAACGUCAACGCGCAGUGCCUCCAGCAGCAGUACGAUGCCUUCCCGAUCGUCUCGAUCGACGCCAACAAGACGCUGCUGGGGCAUCUCGCGUACCUCGCCUACGCGGCGCGGCAAGGCCUCUCGACGCCGAUGGCGCGCGAGGAAGGGCAGCUCUUCUUCACGUCCUUCGCGCAGGGCUGGUGGUGCCAGAAGCGCAGCGACAACCUCGCGCGCGUCCUCAUGCACACGGACCCGCACUCGCCCGGCAAGUGGCGGCUCCAGGGCCCGCUCAUGAACUCGCCCUUCUUCGCCGACGCCUUCCAGUGCCCGCUCGGGUCCUUUAUGAACCCCAAGGACAAGUGCGUCGUCUGGUAG